AUGGCCCUCCCUAUGGCACCUCCCCCCAAGGGGCCCCUCGGCCGCUAUCGUUUGCUGUCCCCUACUGCAUCCGUCCGUGUCAGUCCGCUUUGUCUGGGGUCGAUGAACUUUGGCGAUUCGUGGCAAGAUUAUAUGGGAGAGUGCAAUCAAGAGACUACGGAGAGGAUUUUGGACUUUUACUAUGAGAACGGAGGCAACUUCAUUGAUACUGCCAACAACUACCAGAAGGAGGAAUCUGAGAAAUGGAUUGGGGAGUGGAUGAAGAAACGGGGGAUUCGAGAUCAACUUGUCAUCGCCACCAAAUAUACCACCAACUUCAGAGCUGGUCAUGGUGAAACAGAGAUCAUGGCCAGUUUCGGAGGCAACGGCACCAAGAGUAUGCGUGUCUCAGUUGAGGCCAGUUUGAAGAAGCUCCAGACGGAUUAUAUCGACCUCCUCUACGUCCACUGGUGGGAUUUUGCCACCUCCAUCCCCGAGCUGAUGCAAUCCCUGAACCAGCUCGUCACCAGCGGCAAGGUUCUCUACUUGGGUGUUAGCGACACCCCGGCUUGGGUAGUCAGCAAGGCCAACCAAUACGCGCGCGAUCACGCACUUCGGCAGUUCUGCAUUUACCAAGGCCGGUGGUCCGCCGCCUCGCGCGACUUUGAGCGGGACAUCAUUCCCAUGUGCCGGGACGAAGGCAUGGGGCUCGCGCCCUGGGGGGCCCUGGGGGGCGGCAGCUUCAAGUCGGAGGAGCAGCGCCAGCAGCAGGCCAACGAGGGCCGCAAGAUUAAGACGACCGAGGAGCAGAUCAAGAUCAGCCGGGCUCUGGAGAAGAUUGCGCAGCGUAAGAACACGGCCAUCACCUCCGUCGCCCUGGCGUACGUGAUGCACAAGGCUCCGUACGUGUUCCCGAUUGUUGGCGGCCGGUCGGUCGAGCACCUGAAGGGUAACAUUGAGGCGCUCACGCUGGCGUUGUCGGACCAGGAUAUCGACGAGAUUGAGAGCGCGGUUCCGUUCGAUAUUGGGUUCCCUAGCUCAUUUUUGUAUGGAGAGAAGGUUCCUGCGCACCCCAGUCAGGUUUGGUUGAUGGGUAUGGCGGGGACGUAUGAUUAUGUCCCGGUGCCGAAGCCUAUCGUGCCAACGGCGGAAAAUGGUCAGUAGAGCCGACAUCGCCGCCAGAGGUCUUUGAAGGUUAGGUGGGAGCAGAAGCUAAAGUAUUAGUACGUUUCAAUGUGAUUCAAGUUGGGCUUUAUUCG